AUGGCCACCGCCUUCCACUCGCACCACGCCGAGCAGCGCUGGCUGCGUGCGCCGUACACCGUUGCGCGCAAGUACACCGACAAGACGGUGCAUCGCUCCGUCGACGCGCGCGGCGCCCGCUUCUCGGUGCGCGACUAUGGCCCCGACGCGCCGAACCAGCAGUCGUGGCACUGCACCUACCCCGACGGCACGUACGCCUACUCGAACCCCUCGGGCUCCAAGUACCACGACUUCGGCCACGGCAACUCAAUCUUCGUCGCCGCCGACGGCGACGUGACGCACAAGUUCAACUGGGUCGAGCAGCCCAGCAGCUUCGCGCAGAAGGCCAGCGCCAAGGCCAAGGCACUGCGUGCGGAGGACGAGAAGGCGAUGCGUGAGGCGCAGGAGCGCGAGAGCCACGCGCAGGCGGUAUGCAAGAAGGAGCUGGGCGUGGAGUCGGAGGGCGAGCCUCAAGGCGCCGUGGAGCACAAGUCUGCGGGAGAAGUGAAGUGUGAGGCUUCGGCAGUCGACGCAGACUCGAUCGCGAGCCGCGUCAAGAAGGAGGAGCGCUGA